AUGAAGCUUUUCCAUCAACCAUGCGUUUGCGCUCUUGCGUUGGCAGCUGGAGCAUCAACUCAGGAUGUCUUCGAGCCGGCUGACUUCAAGGUGACGGAGGCUCUUAUUGACAACGGCAUCAACGUGUCUACCAUCCCCGACUUGGCUGGUCUGGCGGCCAGAUCUUCCUUGAAGGGCUGCUCCAUUGCCUGCAACUCCCUCAAGCUCGUUUUUGGAGCGGCCAAGGUAUCCAGCGCUGCGCCAACAACGUACUGGUCUAUACAGCAGCUCGAAGUAGAACCUCAUUGCACGUUCAAGCCUAGUACCGCCCUAGAUGUCUCGAGCCUAGUACUGAUCGCACGUCUCACAACAUGUCCCUUCGCAGUCAAGAGCGGAGGCCAUACGGCCUUCCCCGGCGCAUCUAGCAUUGAAGGUGGCAUCACUGUCGAUAUGGUCAACCUGAACCAAAAGAAACUCUCUACGGAUAAGAAGACUUUUACCGUUGGCCCUGGGAACCGAUGGAAGGAGGUUUACGACUACCUGACGCCCUACGAUCUUGCCAUUGUUGGUGGACGAGCGGCAUAUGUCGGAGUCGGCGGACUCACGCUCGGCGGAGGUAUCAGUCACCACACCAACGAGUACGGCUUAGCUUGUGACAACAUUGCCUCAUAUGAGCUCGUCACCGCUUCGGGUAUCAUCCUGACUGUGAGCCAAAAGACUUUCCCAGACCUUUAUUGGGCCCUUCGCGGCGGCGGAAACAACUUCGGCGUGAUCACGGCGUUCAACUACGAAACCCUACCUCAAGGUCUUAUGUUUGCGAGCAAACGCCAGUACAACGCAACUUACGCGCCUGCCCUGUUCGACGCGUUUGGAAACACAGUUGAGGCAGCUGAGACCGAUACCAAGGCCGCCCACUUUGUUGCCGUCGCUUACUCUCGUGGCGUCAAGAUUGCAUCGACUGAGUACGAGUAUUUCGAGCCGGUCGACCCAGCGAACCCACCCGCUAUACUGAAGGAAUACCUCGCAUUGCCUCCACUCACCGACAACACCCGUAAUUGCAGUCUGGCCGACACAACCCCUGGUCUCAGCCAAAGCAUGCCAGACGGCUUCCGCACGACUAUGUGGUCCCAGUCCUUCAAGUUAAACACAGAGUUGAUGAAGCGUAUGACAGACCAUCUUUUCGAGAUCGCGCCGGGUAUCCCCGUUGGUUCGCCCAGUGUCACGUUUCAAGCCUUCAGCAAACCCGCCAUUGCAGCCAUGCAGAAAAAGGGCGGCAAUGCGCUGGGUCUUCGGCCAGAAGACGGCCCUCUAUUCCACGCCCUGUUCUACCUGUCUUGGACGGACGAGAAGGAUGACAAGGUGGUCUUAAAAGCAGCGCAAGACUUCCUGAGCGCAUCGGUUGCCAUGGCGAAGGAGCUGGGUGCGUAUAAUGACUACAUGUACAUGCCGUAUAGUAGUCCUUACCAGCCUGUCAUCUCGGGCUACGGCGCGGAAAACGUGGCUAGGCUGAACAAGGUCUCGAAAAAAUACGAUCCGAGUGGGGUGUUCCAGGACUUGCAGCCGGGAUACUUUAAGCUUGAUGGUGGGGCACCGUACGGCCAGGUUGUGUAG